AUGGUGAAUUCGGACGAUAAACACUUUGGUGCAGGGACACUGGGGAUACUACCCGCAUCGCACCCUGACACGUCAAGAUGGAAAAUCCGUGUGUGCGGUUCAAGCACGAUGAAGAAUCGGGGGAGGAGGAGAAUAUCCUUACUCAUUAUUCAGAAGGCAAAGAUACAUGAGAUGUCAUUGCGCACAUCUGGCGUACGGCGAAUGGAGGAAUUUCAGGAAUGGUACGAAAUAUGGAAAACUACGUGCCCGCCGUAA